AUGCCUCCCUCCCUGAGCACUCAUCUCUCAUUCACCCGUCCUCGGACUAGCGACCGCGAUGGCAGGCCCAGCACCCGCGACCAGGGCGCUGACCAGAACCUCCUGAUUCCCAGCGGGACAUCUUCGGUGCACUCGCGCAUCACUCAGCCCAUUCCUUCCACCCUCAACCUCAAGCCUCAGCAGCGCACCCCCAAGACUCUUACUCAUGCCUACAUAGUCUGCGGUGUUGGCCGUGAACCCUCCCAAUGGGUCAAGGCUCCUCCCCCAGCUCAGGGCAAGAUCGGCCACAUGAAGGGUGCCGUCGGCCAGUUCUGGCUUCCAGAGAUCUUGGGCAGCAGCCCGCGUCUUGAGCAAGACAAUGAAAUUGCCCGUGCUCUUCAUGCCGCCAUGAGGGCCUGCUUCCCCCACGAUGUCGAGAUCUGCACUGGCCGAAGCCAGCCUCACUGCGUUCACCACGCCUACGUUCUUCAGCAAGACUCUUCUCACACUCUCUACGGCAUUUGCCUCCGUGUGUGGUCGCGAGGGGACGAGAAGAGGGCCGAGACCAUACGUGACCUUCGCAAGAGGACCGAGAACGACUACUACGACAACCCCGAUGAGACCUACUGGAUCCCUUACUGCCUGUCCUUCCUCUCGCGAUAUCCUCUGUACAACCUCCUUGGUGACUAUCUCCGAGGAAUGUGGAUUCACUGGAACAAGUCCACCAACUUGUUCCACGACGAGGAGGUCACCCGCAUCCUCAGCUUCCCUGCUCCCCGUCUCAACGACCUUGUCCGCAUCGACAUGAAAGACUACGCUCUCUGCUACCAAUUCCCCUCCUCCCCGACAGGCUUCCAGAACUUCGCCAUGUGGCCCCUCUUCAACUGUCUGUCGAUUCCCAACAUUGUCGGUGUCAUCGAGGCUGCCAUCUCUCCCACCCGCCGUAUCAUCUUCGUCAGUCAUUACCCUGCCAUGCUCACCAUGGCCGCCGAGACCGUUCGAUACUGCGUCCGAGUUUACGAGUGGGGCGGCCUUUACGUCCCCGUUGUUCACGCCCGCCACGCCAAGAAGCUCGUCCAGGAGCCCGGCCCUUACAUCCUGGGUAUCACGGUGGAGUGCCGCUCUCUCUUCACGGCUCCCACCGAUGCCCUGGUUGUGGACCUUGAUCGCAACUUUGUCCUGACUUCCAGCCCCCCCACGGCCCUGACUCCCGGUCAGCGCAAUAAGUUCGUUACCCGACUGACACAGGCUCUCAACGGCGAUGUCACUCCUUCGGGUGUUCCUCAGCACCUCCGAUCCGCUUACGGUGGCGGCAAGCUUGUCCCCGCGGGUCAGAUCAUCGUCAUGCGCGGCGAAGUCGAGUCCAUCCAGGACCCCGAAUGGUGGAACCAGGACGCCGUCAUGGCUGUCAUGGACCAUGUCUGCGAGAAGCUCGGCCGCAACACUGGCCUCAAGGCCGUCUUUGGUGGAUCCGUCAAGAAGCCCCUCAUGACCAAGGUCUCGAUGCGUCACCUCAACGAGAUUGUCCGUGAGAGAACCCAGUACUCGCGAGAUGCUCUGGAGGCCUGGCAGGACUUUAUCAACCUCAAGGGCCGCAUGGAUACUGAGCUCAGCAAGGUCACCAAACGCAACAACUACCUCGUGGAGGAACUCGAGAUCUGGAAGCAGCAGUUCCUCAAGUUCCAGGCGUUUGCUGAGCAGCUUACCAAGGAGACCCAGGAUCUCAAGGUCAAGGUUGAGAACCACAAGAGGGAGAACCGCCGCCUUGUGGGUCUCAUUGACCAGCAGAAGGAUGACAAUGCUCGUCUCUCAGUUUGUCUCACUGGCACCGAGAAGCAGCGCGACGAUGCUCUCGAGGCUCUUGUCUUACAGCACGAGAUUGCUGAGGAGCUUGAGCGCGAGCGCAAGAGGAACAAGAAGGAGCUCUCUCAGCUUCAGCACACCAACAUGACCAUCCUGCGACAGCGCGACGAGGCACGCCGGGUUGGUCUGCACCUGCGCAGCCUCAUUGGCGGUCAGAGCCAUCAUAUGGAGCACCUUAUCCAGUCUCUUACCAAGCCCAAUAACCUGGCCCACGAGAUUGAGGAGGGCUACGAUGAUGGCGACGACCACCUCAACGAGGAAGGUGAGCGCGAUGGCCGCCUGUCUGUCAGCCCCAACCCCCGAAGCAAGCGAUACUCGUCGUCGAGCUUCAUUGACGUCGCCGACCGUCACCUCAAGGACAAGACGGACGCUAUCGCACACAUUGUGCGAAACAUUGCCGAGCAGUGCCAGGCUGCUGUUGAGGGUCUCCAGUUAGCACAAGAUGCGGAGUUGAGGGGGAGUAGACGGAAUUCUAGCCUCUCUAUCGCCCAGAGCGAUGACGGCAACUCCGCCGCUACGUCCGAGACCAGUGACGACAGCCUCCUCCAGGCGGGCUCCGGGAGGGUGUCCAGUAUCCCUCCCACCCCGGAUCUCAUUCCCAACCGGAGCAGCACAGCCAUGUCCUCUGCCUCUACGGCUACGACUCCGGAGCGAGCGUCCCAGCAGUAUAACCUUCGGGACGAGAUCCCCACCAAGAUUGUCGAGGACGACAAGGAGGACUUCGAGGAGAGCCGAAGCGACAACGGCGGCGUCACCCAUGAGACGGGAGUCGUCUCCAAGCACCCCGAGUCCCUGAUGCACCGGCCAUCGGGUGCCAGGAUCAGCGCUCUUGGGCGGUACUCGCUGAGUAUCUCAGACAGCGUCUGA